UGGAUCGAGCUUGUUUGUUUUUGAUUGGAGCUGUUCGCUUCGCAAAGUUUCGUAGAAUAGUUUCAUUUAUUUACUAAAAACGGUUGGAACAUUAAGUUUUGCGAACUAUUUUAGAAAAUUGUUUAUGCUGUAGCGUAGUUCCCCUUGUUUUGCAAAUUCACAAUCGUAACAUGGAGGAGCUAGCGGGAGAAAUUGUGUACGUCAAACUAGAACCGGAAGACCCUGUCGAUUAUCCCCUGCCGGAGAUAGAAAUCAUAGCCAAUGCGCUGGAAAGUGACUUUCCAACUGAUACCGAGCGGGUGAACCAAUACUGUCGACUGUGCUUACGCGAAAGGCCCACUCUGUACCCGUUAAUGUCCCGGGUGCAGAAUGUUACGGUUCCGGAUAUGAUCCAAGCGGUCACUGCUAUCUGUGUUAACCCACGAGACAACCUACCGCAAAAAGUGUGUAUCCAGUGUGUGGUACGUCUGGACUAUGCUUACAAUAUUCGGAAGGAAUUUGCCGAAAGUCAACGGGUGCUGAAGAACUUGGCCAAGUCCAAGGUUAGCAAGUUGUGGGAAUGCUUGAAUGAUUACCAGAAAGGGACUUUGGCGAUGACCGAGACGAGGUCGGAGGAACUUUUGCGACAACAUAAGGACAUCAUAAGUAAGCGAUUAAUCCGGAAGGAGGAAAUGAUAAAAGCUGAACCAGAUGCAAAACCGGAGGAUGUAGUAGAAGCUAUUUUGGAUACAGAACAGGAUGAAGCAACCGUAGAAGGAGCCGAAAAUGUGGAACAAGUGAAACAUGGAAAAGAAGACAUACCGGAUGAGGUGGAAGGUUACGAUGCUUGGGAAAUAGAUUCAAAUGAAGAUGAAAUAGACUUACCUCCGAAGAAGAAAAAGAAGAAUUUGAACCAUUCAGGACAAUCGAGGUUUAGAAAAAUUCUCAACUAUAAAAUACUAUUCGACGAGUCUGAUAUCGACCCAAACAAGUGCUACAUUUGUCAGGAAGUAUUUUCCGACGUUACGAAUCUGGAAUUGCAUUUGCCCAAACAUAAAGACAUGGUUCCAUACAGUUGCGGCAAAUGUAAAGGCACUAUCUUGGAAACGAAACCUAUUGUGACGGUCAUUAUGGUCAAUCGUCAUUUCCGGAUGCACGCCGGUUCCAUGCAGUGCCCGGAAUGUCCCUACCGGUGCUACAAGGGGUACUGUAUGUAUAACCACCUGAAGAAAUUUCAUCUGUCCGAUCCCAACGAAGGAUGCACGUGUGAAACGUGUGGUUACAAAACGAAACACAGGAGAACACUGGAAAUGCAUCUGCGCAUGCACAAGAACGUGGACGAAGGUAGAUUCACGUGCUCGUUCUGCGCAAAGAAAUUUGGUACCAAAGCCCGGCUGCAACGUCACGAACGGAUCCACACCAACGAGAGGCCCUACGGAUGUCGGUAUUGUACCAAGAGUUUUACCAACGAGACCACCUUCCGGGCCCACGAACGAUCGCACACCGGCGAGAAAGGCUACUGCUGCGAGUACUGUGGCAAGGGUAAUCCUACCAAGUCAGCAUUAGACGCGCACCUAGCGACGGUUCACCGGCUGGAAUUGGAGAAAACGGGCCAAAAGAAACCAUCAAACAAAGACAAAAAUGUAAAAAUCGGAAAACCUAUAAAAUGUACCCAUGAAGGUUGCAACUAUGUAGCAAAAAAUCGUUCGCAAUAUUACCAGCACAAGCCGUUGCACAUUUUGAAAUUCCACUGUCCUCACUGUGAUCUGCGCUUCCCGACCAAGCAACGGUUGGAUAUGCACGAAUAUGUCCACACGAAAGUGAAGAAGUACUGCUGCGAUGUUUGUGGCAAGAGCUUUCGGUUCCUUAAUAUUUUCACCGAGCACAUGGCCACCCAUAACGGUAUCCGAUCAUAUGCCUGUGAAAUUUGCAAUUUAGCUUUCGUCCGUGAGCGAAACCUAAAGGAGCACAUGAAGAAACAUUCAGAUGUUCUCGACUAUGCGUGUCGACAUUGCGGCAAGAAGUUUAGAUAUCGGGCAGAUCUGUCGAAGCACGAGAAAACUCAUAAGGAUCCUGAAGCCCUAACCAAGCAAGAGAUUGAUUUGGGUUGUUCGGACAAACUGGAUGUAAUCACCGAGCAAUGCGACGAGCAAAACCUUAUGGAGGAGUACCUAGAUGAGUAAGGUAAGUUAUAGUUAGUUUUACUCGAAAGGAUGAUAAACGAUGAAACUUAAAUCGAGAAUCGAUUAGAAAUUUCCAUUGUGAUGACGUCCUCAAUUGAACUUGGGUGGUUUGACCGCGAUAGGACACAAUCGGUGACGUACUAGAAUUGAAGUAAUGAGCUGAAUUUUUGUAUGGGUGAGAGGGUCAAUUCUCCGUUUCUGCAAUGUAAUAGAGGAAAAAGCGUGGGUAUUAUGAUUCCUAGCCUAAUUUGAUGCUGUUUGAGCAAAACUUUGGGUAACUGUGUUGUUUAAGUAGCAAGAAAUGGAGAAAACAACAACAUGCUUA